AAGCUGUAACUUAGCAUUGGGAGCUUCUGCUCACAGGUUUUCUUCACAGAUCUUGGGACCCCACACCAGGGUCCCUCUUGUCCCCAAAAUCCAGAUGAAGAAGUUUCUCUUACUAAUGAGUCUUUAUCUGGUUGGAUCUGCCAGAGGAGCAUCAGGUCAGCCUGAUGAGCCUCCUGGCUCUAUGGAUCAUCAAGCUUCAGUUCAGCAAUUUUCAGGUGGGUCCUUUUCACUUGAAAACCCUUCAUUUGGUGGUGAGGCUUUGUAUGAGACUUCUUCAGCCGAGAGCAGUUUAAGUGAGCACACUUCAGGUGAGCGUACUUCAGGUGAGCGUACUUCAGGUGAGCACACUUCAGGUGAGCAUGCUUCAGGUGAGCACGCUUCAAGUGAGCACACUUCAGGUGAACACACUUCAGGUGAGCGUGCUGCAACUGAACACGCAUCAGGUGAACACACCACAGGUGAGCGCACCUCCGGUGAACAACCUUCAGGUGAACAGACUUCUGGUGAAAAGCCUUCAGGUGACCAGACUUCUGGUGAGCAGUCUUCCAUUGACAAGUCUUCAGGUGAACAGCCUUCAGUUGAACAGGUUUCGGGUGAAAAGACUUCAGGUGAACAGGUUUCAGCUGAAAAGCCUUCCGGUGAACAAGUUUCAAGUGAGAAGCCUUCAGGUGAACAGGCUUCAGGUGAACAAGCUUCAGGUGAACAAGCUUCAGGUGAACAGGCUUCAGGUGAACAAGCUUCGGGUGAAAAACUACUGGGUGAACAGCCUUCAGGCAUUCCACCUUCAAGCACAUUUUCAGGCCCAAUAUUAAAUUGCCACACAUGCUCAUACAUGAAUGACCAAGGAAAAUGUCUUCGUGGAGAGGGGGUCUGCUCCACUCAGAAUUCCCAGCAGUGCAUGUUAAAGAAGAUCUUUGAAGGUGGAAAACUCCAAUUCAUGGUUCAGGGGUGUGAGAACAUGUGCCCAUCAAUGAACCUCUUCUCCCAUGGAACCAGGAUGCAAAUUAUAUGCUGUCGGAACCAAUCUUUCUGCAACAAGACCUAGAAGCCUGUGCCCUUGUCUCCCGCUCUGACGCAGGCAGCAAAAAUUCUCCAUUACCUUACUGGGCUCCAUUUAUUUUUAGUUUCUCCCCCAGUCAGUAACUAAUCACAUCUGCCUCCGCCUGAGUGUCAGACAGGAUGUUCAAACCCCUCACCUUUCCUCCUAUCCAUGCCCUACUAGUCAUUCUUCUCUGUCAUCUGCCUUCCUUUACCCAACCUCUCAACAUUCUUUUCUUUCUCAAUAAAUUCCGCAUGGUAAAGAA